AUGAUUCCUACAGAUCCUGCUCCUUUCCAAGGGCUUUUCCUCAGCUUGCCAGGCAGGAAUCACCCCAGGACCCUCUGUGAAGAGAGAACCAGUAUCACACACCUUCCUGUGAGGGGCAACACUGGGAAUUUGUGGGGGCUGGAAGUUGGAAAUCCACGUGGAUUUCUUAACAUUCCUGGUUUUUCUUGGUCUGUGAACACCCCUUUCUGCAUUCUUGGGAAGGGAUGUGGUUGUGAGCUGGGAUGGAGGGGAUGGGGGGGACAAAGAGGUGCACUUGGAUAGGAAUGUGAGGCCCUGGAGCUUCAUCCUGGAAUGACAAUUUGGGGGGAGGGGGUGCCCUCAGAAUUGGCAUGGGGUCUCCCACACAUGUCCAGGAUGGGGGACUGCCACAGGGAAAGUGGGGGCUGGCAGGAAUUUUAGGGUGUGGCCGGUGCCAGCCUGGCCUGGGGUCAUGGGGCAGGAGGGCUCUGCCCUUUCCAUUCCCGGGUUAAUGAUUUCCAAGGAAUCCUUGAGCCUCUCCCUCUGCAGAGCCCACGGCCCAAGCUUUACCCGGCAGGGUGCACCAUGGUGGAGGUGACAGUGACACCGCAGUCCACGCUAGCCGACCGGCCAGUGCAGAUCCGGGUUCGGGGACUGUCCCCAUCCCAGCUCGUCACCCUCCGGGCAUGGCUGAAGGAUGAGCAGGGCGAGUGCUUCCAAUCCCGUGCCUUUUUCCGUGCUGAUGGAGCGGGAGAGGUUGAUCCUGGGCUCCAUGCUGCCCUGGGGGGCAGCUACUCUGGGGUCUGGCCCAUGGGGCUCUUCUGGUUCCUGCAGCCCGACACCCUUUUCCGACGGCUGGUCAAGCGGGAUGUGGCCGGCAGCCCCUUCCGCGUCCGGCUGGAAGUGUUUGAUGGGAUCUGCCUGGGCAUGAAUCCCCAGGAGCAACCGCUGGGAUCCUGCGAGGCCGAGCGCUGGUACGUGGGCCCCGGAGUGCAGCGGGUGCCCAUCCGCGAGGGAAGGGUCCGUGGUGCCUUAUUCCUGCCUCCUGGUCCAGGCCCCUUCCCUGGAGUCAUUGACCUGUUUGGGGGCGCGGGGGGGCUGAUCGAGUUCCGGGCAGGGCUCUUGGCCAGCCGGGGCUUUGCCGUGCUGGCCCUCGCCUUCUUUGCCUACGACGACCUGCCCCGAGUCCUGGCUAAGCUGGACUUGGAAUAUUUUGAGGAAGCAGCAGAGCUGCUCCUCCGGCAUCCCAAGGUCCGAGGCCCAGGCCUGGGCGUGGUGGGCGUCUCCAAGGGUGCGGAGGUGGCCUUGGCCAUGGCCACCUUCCUGCCACAGGUGGUGGCCACGGUGUGGAUCAACGGUACGGCCUUCCUGCAUGGAAACCCACUGGUCUAUAAAGAUCUCCGCAUCCCUCCCAUUCCCUACUACACCGAGCGCAUCCAGUUCACCGAUGUAGGGGCCAUAGACAACUCGGCCAUCUUCGCUGACCCCCGGGAUCCUGCCUACCGCGCCUCAGCCAUCCCGGUGGAGAAGAUCCGGGGAAAGGUGCUUUUUGUGGUGGGAGAGGCUGACCGGAGCUUCAACAGCAAGCUCUUCGCCGAGCUGGCGCUGGCACGGAUGCCACCAGAGAGCGGCCGGAUCCUGUCCUAUCCUGGUGCAGGGCACCUGAUCGAGCCCCCCGGAUCCCCCCUGUGCAGCAACUCCAGCAUCCGGGGCACUCCCAGGCCAGUGGCAUGGGGGGGAGAGCCCCAGCCUCAUGCCCGGGCCCAGGAACAUUCCUGGCAGGAGAUCCUGCAGUUCUUGGAGCUCCACCUGGGGUCGGUUGCCACCAUGAAGCUCUGA